UUCCUGUCUAACGCUAUAUCCUGUGUAUAGCGUACUUUGCCUCCGUUCCCUAAAUUUGUGAGGAAUUUUCCAUUAUUUGGCAAGUUCGACUACGAUACGAUUAAACGCGCUUCCAGUAGCUAUCGUUCUAAAACUAUACUUCUAAAAAACAUAUCUGAUGAAACUUUCGUACGUGAAUAAUGUGCCGAUCAAAGCGGAAUAUCUUUAACUGAAGUAACCUGUUUUUCGUGUACAUACUGUAUUCUUUGUAUCGCAUCAUAUUUGACGUGACGUCCAUUAAUCUUGAAAUUGAGUCGAAUUGUUCAUAACUUUUAAAGAGAAACGUAGGUUGAAUUUUUUUUCGAUAUAUUCGACAUGUCGAGUGAGAGUGUAAAAACAUUUGCAAGUCUCGAGACACCUGGAUAUGUGGGAUUUGCAAAUUUACCUAAUCAAGUGCACCGAAAAUCUGUGAAAAAAGGUUUUGAAUUUACACUUAUGGUUGUUGGGGAAUCUGGUCUUGGAAAAUCUACUUUGGUAAAUAGUUUGUUUCUCACUGAUUUGUAUCCUGAACGAAUAAUUCCUGAUGCAGUGGAGAAAACCAAUCAAACUGUCAAACUUGAUGCUUCAACGGUCGAGAUUGAAGAAAGAGGUGUCAAACUUAGAUUAACAGUUGUUGACACACCUGGUUAUGGAGAUGCAAUCGACAACACGGAUAGUUUUCGAGCUAUCAUUCAAUAUAUAGAUGAUCAAUUUGAAAGAUUUCUUCGUGAUGAGAGUGGCUUAAACAGAAGAAACAUUGUAGAUAACAGAAUACAUUGUUGUUUUUAUUUUAUUUCUCCAUUUGGCCAUGGAUUGAAACCAUUGGACAUUGAGUUUAUGAAGCAACUUCAUAAUAAAGUUAAUAUAGUACCUGUAAUAGCAAAAGCCGAUGUACUUACCAAAAAGGAAGUCUUGCGUCUAAAAAAAAGAGUUAUGGAAGAGAUUGAAGGCAGUGGAAUCAAAAUAUAUCCUUUACCAGACUGUGAUAGUGAUGAGGAUGAGGAUUACAAAGAACAAGUACGUCAAUUAAAAGAGGCUGUUCCAUUUGCAGUGUGUGGUGCAAAUAGCUUAAUCGAAGUCAAAGGAAAGAGAGUAAGAGGUCGAGUAUAUUCAUGGGGUGUUGUUGAAGUAGAGAAUCCCGAUCAUUGCGAUUUUAUUAAAUUAAGGACGAUGUUGAUUACACAUAUGCAAGAUUUACAGGAAGUAACACAAGAGGUACAUUACGAAAAUUAUCGUAGUGAAAGAUUGGCAAAAGGAGCUCCAGUACCGCCUCGACGUCAAAUCCUUGCUGAUCCCGAUAAGAAUAGCACAGUGUCAGAAAAGGAUCGUAUUUUGCAAGAAAAGGAAGCAGAAAUAAGACAUAUGCAAGAAUUGUUGGCUGUGAUGCAAGCACAGAUGCAACAACAACAACCUUGAUUAAACAUGCAUUUUAUACCGAUGUGAGGAAAGUCUGUUAUGAGUGCCAAAAAGAUUUAUAAAACUUUUUAGUAAUUUACAUGACCAAGAAUUUUUAAUUUGGUAUUAUUUUUCUAGAUUUAUCUUAUAAGAAUAAUCUCAUUUUGAUAUACACAUUACGCGUUUUACAGAUACAUUUUAUAAGAAUAUGAAAAACCAUAGAAUCUUGAUAUUCACUUUUUGACAAAUGCAUUGUGUACAUUGUAUGUAAGAAAGAGUUCUUGAUAUUUGUUAGCCAUCAAUAUCCUGUUUAAAAAAAAUAAUCAAAACUUAAAAUUGAU